GGCGGGGCUGAGGCCGGGGUAGCUGAGCAUUCUUGGCCGCCGAGGGAACCGCAGGGUGUACGCACGCGAGGCUAGCUGAGCCGCCGCACGCUGGUGCAAAUAUUCCGAGGCGCGGUGAACACGGUGGAGGCUGAGGCGUUGCUGCAGAAUCGCAGAUACCCGGUGUCCCUAGCGCACUCAGCAAGGCCCCCGUCCUCUGCAGUCCCCCGAGCAGCUCGCGAUGGCCCCGCGCAAGAACGCAAAGGGCGGCGGCAGCCACAGUAGCAGUAGCAGCAGCAGCAGCGGCAGCGGCUCGGGCAGCGGUAGCCCGAGCACGGGUAGCAGUCGCAGCAGCAGCAGCCCCGGGGCUCGGAGAGAGGCCAAGCACGGAGGACACAAGAAUGGAAGGAGAGGAGGGAUUUCCGGAGGCUCCUUCUUCACCUGGUUCAUGGUCAUUGCACUGCUGGGCGUCUGGACGUCUGUGGCCGUCGUGUGGUUUGACCUCAUUGACUAUGAGGAAGUUCUAGCCAAAGCAAAGGACUUCCGUUAUAACUUAUCAGAGGUACUUCAAGGAAAACUGGGAGUCUAUGAUGCCGACGGUGAUGGAGACUUUGAUGUGGGUGAUGCCAAGGUUUUGCUAGAAGGACCUGGUGGUUUAGCCAAGCGGAAAACUAAAGCUAAAGCUAAAGAACUCAGCAAAGAGGACCUUAAGAAGGAGAGAGAGAAGGCUGUGCCUAGCAAGAGUGGAGAGAGAACCAGUGGGAAGAAGAAGGAGGAGGACAAGAAGGGAAAGAAGGCCGACUCAGACACGUCCCGGAAAGCAUCUCCUAGAGGACUUCAAGAAAGAUCUGCUUCAGAGAGGACGUCCCCACCAGAGGAGGCUGAGCUACCGGCUGAACUGGAGAAGCAGGCUGCUGAGGGUGCAGAAGUCCAAAAUGUUGAAGAUGAAGUAAAAGAACAAAUUCAGUCCCUUCUCCAGGAACAAGAACACACAGAAUAUGCCCCACAGCUGGAAGCAGAUGGAGCCGCAGGAGAGCCACAGCCAGAGGCUGAGGACGUCCUCACAGUGACUGAGGAAGAGGACAGAUUUGAGACCCUGGAACCUGGGGCAGCUCAUGAAGAAGCUGAGGAUAGUUACCAUGUGGAGGACACAGCAUCACAGGACCAUCCAAACGAUGUGGAAGAGAUGGUGAAUGAACAGGAAGGCUCAGGUCCCAGGGAAGCAGUAAUGGAUGCUGAUAAGAUGCGGCAGGAUUCAGAGGAAGCAACACAUCAAAAUCAUGAUGCACCAGUACACGAGCAUUCAGAAAAUGAAGGGAUGGAGAUUUCAGAUAAUGCCGUAGAAGGUUCCAGCAUCAUUUCAGAAGAAAUAAAUGUCCCCUCCGUGGAAGAACAGCAAGACACUCCACCAGUUAAGAAAAAGAAGCCUAAACUUCUGAACAAAUUCGAUAAAACCAUCAAGGCUGAGCUGGAUGCUGCAGAAAAGCUCCGGAAAAGGGGUAAAAUCGAGGAAGCAAUGAACGCGUUUGAAGAGCUGGUUCGGAAGUACCCCCAGAGCCCGCGAGCGAGAUACGGCAAAGCGCAGUGUGAAGACGACUUGGCAGAGAAGAGGAGGAGCAAUGAGGUCCUGCGCAGGGCCAUCGAGACCUACCAGGAGGUGGCCAGCCUGCCCGAUGCCCCCACAGACCUGGUGAAGCUGAGCUUGAAGCGACGGUCAGAAAGGCAGCAGUUUCUAGGUCACAUGCGAGGCUCCCUGCUUACCCUCCAGAGGCUAGUUCAGCUGUUUCCCAGCGAUACGGCAUUGAAAAAUGACCUUGGCGUAGGAUACCUCUUGAUGGGAGACAAUGACAGCGCCAAGAAGGUUUAUGAAGAGGUUCUGAACGUGACACCCAAUGAUGGCUUUGCUAAAGUGCACUACGGCUUCAUCCUGAAGGCACAGAACAAGAUAGCGGAGAGUAUUCCCUACUUAAAGGAAGGAAUUGAAUCUGGAGAUCCUGGCACGGACGAUGGCCGGUUUUAUUUCCACUUGGGGGACGCCAUGCAGAGGGUCGGGGACAAAGAGGCCUAUAAGUGGUAUGAGCUUGGGCACAAGAGAGGACAUUUCGCCUCCGUGUGGCAGCGGUCCCUCUACAAUGUGAAUGGCCUAAAGGCUCAGCCGUGGUGGACACCCAGAGAGACUGGCUACACGGAACUGGUGAAGUCUUUAGAGAGAAACUGGAAGCUAAUCCGCGAUGAAGGCCUCAUGGUGAUGGAUAAAGCCAGGGGUCUCUUCCUGCCUGAGGACGAAAACCUCCGGGAGAAGGGAGACUGGAGCCAGUUCACACUGUGGCAGCAAGGAAGGAAGAAUGAGAAUGCCUGCAAAGGAGCCCCUAAGACCUGUACUUUAUUAGAAAAAUUCUCCGAGACAACAGGAUGCAGGAGAGGACAGAUCAAAUAUUCCAUCAUGCAUCCUGGAACUCAUGUGUGGCCACACACGGGACCCACAAACUGCAGACUCCGAAUGCAUCUAGGGUUGGUGAUUCCCAAGGAAGGCUGCAAGAUCCGGUGUGCCAAUGAGACCAGGACGUGGGAAGAAGGCAAGGUGCUCAUCUUUGACGACUCCUUUGAGCACGAGGUGUGGCAGGAUGCCUCGUCAUUCCGGCUGAUCUUCAUCGUGGACGUGUGGCACCCCGAGCUGACCCCUCAGCAGAGACGCAGCCUUCCUGCAAUUUAAAAGGAAUUGUCACAGCCUUGGGUGCGCUGCUGGGAAGCUGCCUCUCUGCUGCUCCUGAGGUGUGGAGAUAGACGUUCAAGCCCCGUGACUCUUUCGUCCCAUUGACUUGCAGCUGAAGACCUCUAAGGUUCCUUCUGGAUGGGAAAUCGCUGGGAGGAGUAUUUGCCUUACUGCAAUUCAUUUAGGAGGCCCCUUGCUUCAAGUCACCCAUGGCAGCACUGAACUUCUGCCCGGGUUGAAGGGAAACACUUGGCUGUGUCUACAUUGCUAGCCAAAGAUAUUUUUCUACAUGGAAUAGUGUGCACGGAGGCUAUACCAUUAUGGAGAAACUGUGAACGAAUCACUUUCGUUUGUAAUUUUUCUAGACAGUUGUAUUUUUCUAGGUAGUCAAACUAUUCUGUCACCAUCUUCCCUGUGUUUCUGUCAACUUUGAUGACAGGAAGUACAAAUGUGUCCCUUCUGACUAAAUAGUAAUUCUCUGGUCAAUUCAGACAUAUUCCAAAAACAAAAACAAAAAACAAAAAACACUUGUGAAAAAGGCAACUUUAUUUUGUUUUCCUAACAUAAAUGGGAAGUUGCUCCGGGAUAUAUAAACUGUGCCAACCCUUGCCCUUGGAUCUCCCUGUGUAUCUUCGUUUAGACUCUGCGUCUUCUCCCAUCUCUGCGCUUAUCAUAGAAAUGCUAUCAAGCUCUUAUUCCUAAGAACAACGUUUUCUCUUUGACGCUGAGCAAAGCCAUGGAGAUAUAUAAUGUUGUAAUAUGACAAUACCACAGACAUCGGAGCUCAGAGAGAAGAUGUAACAUGGACGUGAACGUUCCCACUCGGGGUCAGGUGGCCAGAUAGCCUGGACUCUUUGUCUUCUGUGCACAGGGCCUGGAAUCUGCAAUGGCCGUCUGAUCUAGGUCCACUUGGUCGCCAGGAAGAUGGCUGCUUGGUUUCUGAGAGUCUCCUCACAAUUCUGUCCGUGUCGGAGAGCAGCGUAGGAAGUUCCCAGGGCUGCUAGGACCCUCCCCGAGGUGGAGCUGGUAGAGCUUGUUGAAUUCUGAAUUCACAGGCCAUUUCCAUCGUCCACACUCAAAAACAAGCCUGCCGCCUAAUUAUUAUUAUUUUGAAACAGCGUUUCACAUGUAUGUUUGAUCUGAGUACAGCCCGUGCCAUAGGAAGAAGAGUGGAAAGUCAUCUUGCUCCUCGUUCCAAAGAUGAACAGUUCACCGGUAAAGCAUCACUGCCUUUGGUUUUCCGUUUGACAGUUAAAGCUAACUCAAGCCUCAGAAUGUAAUGCCAUUCAUGCACUGAUCCCCAAGCCAGUCGAACAACAAUGCUGCAGAAAUGACACGUAUUCCAGCCACAUAGGUGGAUAAAAACAGAUGCAUUCUUUUCAUACAAUGUCAAAAGAAGAUGCUUUCUGAACCUCACUUAGCAAGCAAUUCUUUGAGAUUGGCAUGGAUCCUUUUUCUUUUAGCUCAAGGAUACUAGCUUUUAGUAGGACGUUUACAAAAUAUGUGACCAUUCAUUAAAAAAAAAAAAGGUACUUUUUCCUUCUUUUGCCAAUGUUCAAAAAUUCCUCUAAGGCAUGGGAGAAAAAUAGCAAAUCAUCCCCAAAUUCCGGAAAAGAAAACAAACCCUCAGAAAAGAAAAGGUGUUUGUGUUCUUCAGUAUUUAUUAAAUGGAGGAACUUACUGACAAAAGGCAAUACAAUUCAGUGUUCAUGUUGUGACACUCGGCCGCCUAUUGGGUUUGGUUCUCCGACAUAUUACAUACACAUAAUGAAAUGCAAACCAUAUGUUCUCACUGUUAAACUGUCACCUUACAUUCAUGUCAUAAAAUGGUAGAAAUCAGUGAAAAUUAGCUUUUGACUGAGUAAAUAUAACAUGGUUUUUAAAAUAUGGUCAUUACAGUAGGAUUCUAAAUGUCGUCAUGUGGAAGGCCAGAGGAACCGUUGCUGUGACACAAGUUGGCAAUCGUUGACUCCAACAAUAUUUUGAGUACUUGGAUCCCCACAUUUGUUUUAUAAACCCAAGCAAUAAAAGAUUUUUAAUUCACUUUAAUCUUUCCGUUCUCUCACUCGUGUCAUGAGAAGAGAGUUUCCACCGGUGCCUCGGGAGACAUUUUUCAGGGUUGGCAUUUUAUGAUUCAGAAGGUCUAUACCAAAUGAAUUGGUGUUUUUAUAUACGAUGAUACAGUUAUUUGAGAAAUCUUUUAAAUUCUGUCUCAGUUUUACUCCUUCAAGGUUGGAACAUAAAAAUAGUAUUUGUUACUAUUCUCUACUAGUGAAAAAUAAUAAUAAGCCAGUAGAUCAACCGAGAAGGAAUGUAUGUCUAGAAUGUCGUGCAAGGCUCAGGAGGGAAACACUAGCCUGGAAAGACAAGGUCCGCGUUUUGAUCUCCAGCAUGGGAAGGAGGAACGGAGAGAGGGAUGGAGGGACAGAGGGACAGAAGGAGGGAGGAAGAGUCAGAGAAAAAAAACAAAAGAGAAGGGGGAAGAGGAGAGAUAGGGGAAGGAUAGCAAAAGAGAGACACAGAGGGAGAAAGAGGCAGGAACAGAAGGUAGACAGAAGAGAGAGGUGUUCACAACUAGCCGUAUUGUUUAGAUGAUUAUGCCUGGUUGAAAGCUGAACUGGUUUCCUGUUUUCUUAGGUUGUUCAACUAACAAAUCAACCUACCAAAGGCAUAAAGUGUGAAAUAGUUUACUAAGCAUUAUCAAUCGAGAUUUCCUUUUGGUGUUAAGCACUCUGGUCAUAUUAGUCAGUGCCAAUGUCACACAGAUAGAUGGGGAAUAAGAUAUCUAUGUAACUCAGCUGGUCUUGGGAAACAUGGCACAAAUAAAACAUUCUAACCUUUGA